AUGCUUGCUCCUCGUAUAGCCCACUUUAAUGUCAUAAACCUUGCCGGAGGCACGGAGACAGUAUCGAUAUCAUACGCUAUUGGUAGAGACGAGGUCGAUACGCUCUUCACUCUAGCGGAUUGCUUGGAAAUGCACAUCAGGCUUGGGACAAAUAUCGUCAACGUGACUUCGACGUGUACCAGAACCUUGGUAUACCUUGAGGAAGCAGCUGAUGACUGGUUCACUAGACCGUAUCUUCACCCACUAGAUAAAGAGUCGCGGGAACGAGAAUGGGGCGCUUUGAGGGAGCGCUGGGUUACGGACGAUAUCUUGGAGUCGCUUUCUAACUCAAGGGGAGGCAGCGAGGACCACGGCAAGGGUCCUUCGCCGGUUCUCACCAUAUAUGACUCCGACAGUCCACCAGCAAGGACAAGAAUCCCAGCCUCUAAUGGAAGAUCGUUGCUAGAGACGUUCACUAGAGUCUUGCAGCGCUUGUUAGGCCACAAGAUUCGGGUCGAGUCGCUCGUUUACAAUCCUGAAGUGGCACAGAUCGUCAUUAUGUCCAAGGCGGGAGAAGAUAGGAGCAUGGGGUGGACGGAAGCCUUGGCUCCUUUCAUGGGCGCAGAUACCACCGCUUAG